GUUCACGCACUGCUCCAACAGCAGCAGCAGCAGCAGCAGUCCUCCGCCUCAGACGCCGCCACUGGACCCAUGUCAUCAUCAUCUUCAUCAUCUGCUGCUGGUGGUGCUGCUGCUGGUGCUGCUGGACUGCCUCAAGCGUCCUCGCAGGCGCAGGCUCAAUCCAAAGCUGCCGCAAUCGCUCGCUUGAGCACUGCGCUCCAGCCCAAAGUGCAGGCAGCCGCGUCACUCGGAGUCGGAGCAGCAGGAGGAGCAUUGCAUGCAUCACCACUCCAGCCUGCUCAGAAGGCAGCCGCAACGAGUCACCCUGCUGCGAGUAGUGUGAGCGGGUCGUCGUCAUCAUCGUCGCUCGCGGGUGCCCUCAAGCCGCAGCCACAGAGUCAAGCUCAAGCCCAAGCUCAAGCUCAAGCACCAUUGCUGGCACCACAGACUGCUGCAGGAAGCGCAGGACUGAGCAAAUCGCCCAUCCCGUCCAAUUCCAACUCUGCUCCGAUUGCGCCGAGUGCGACCAGUAGUGCUAUUGCUGCUGCUGCAGUGACUGCUGCUGCGUCCAUGCGAUCAGCGCAAACAGAGACUGCAGCGGCAACUCUGUCGACAACGACCGCGGCCAAGUCUCCCGUCGCUGCCCCAACCCCGCAAUCCGCCUCGGCGCGCACGAACGCAGCUCUCACCGGCUCUUCUGGUUCUGGUUCGCUCGAUCCCACAACGGCAAGUCCCGGGCUCGCAUCAGGAAAGCAGUCGGCGGGCGUUUCGCCGCAGUCAAAGUCGCCAGUUCAGGCCAGCGCCUCGUUUGUCGACGAAAUCAAAACGAGGGCUUCUCAGGCAAAGUCACCACAAGUCACUGCUUCUGCUGUGCCGGUCGAUGUUGCUUCGCCAACAGCCACCCCUUUGUCGCCCGCGACCUCCCUCGCAGAAGAACUCAAGCAGCGCUCUCCGCGACCUGCCGGAGGUGCUCCUGAAAGGCCGCCCGCGCCCACCCGUCCCGCAACCCUCAUCCAGUCAUCCUCGUCGCCGUCGCUGCAAUCCACCAAUGCCGCAAAGGCCGCGCUCAAGGCAACGAGUGCUGCCGAAACGGGAACGCCUUCAAAGAGCUUCAAUGUCGAACAGCCAACAAAGAGUGUCCAACAACAACCGAUUUAUGCAACCGUCGUCCCUGCUGCUCGGGUCUCGCCCGCCGCUGCAAUGGCUGCUCAGACCUCGAACAAUGCCAGCGUUGAAUAUGCGGCCAUCAAACCAAGCACUGGUCCUUCGGCAGCACGCAGCCCUGUCGGAGCUGCAGGCUCUCGCAUCUCAAUCUCAGCCCCUUCGUUAAUCAAGCACACAGGCCCAGUUCCUCUCGAAGCGUCCAAGCAACGGUAUAUCGCAGCCGGGCCGCACAAUGCCCCACCACCGAGCGUCACUGUAGCCAGCCCAGAGCCAUCAGGCAGUCCUUCUCACACGACAAUGCCCCGCACAACCACGGCUGCAGCUGCAGCUGCCGCUGCCGCUGCUGGUGGUACCGCUGCAUCAUCGGUAGACAAGUUUUCGGCGUUGAAAGAGAGUCGAUCCUCGAUGGUUGCGCUUGCUAGUACGCUGCCAGCAAAUUCGUCCCUCUUCCUCAACCGAUGGCGAUUGGAGGUGAGCCUGUUGCAAGAACGGCCCAUCAAAGCGUCCAACCAAAACUUUGAAGUGGAGGCCUUCCGCAAAAUGGUGUGCACGCUGCGAUCUGAAUUCCCUCACACGGCAUUCAACACGAACAAGGGGUUUAUUUGCAGCCCAAUCAUGGAACUCGAAGCUGGAGGACGUCAAACAUUUAUUCACGACGUCUUUGACGUGAACAUUACAGGCCCGUCAGGUGCUACCGUGCAUGUGGCCUGCAGUGUUGAGACAUCCACUGCUGACUUGAUUCAAACCGCCUGCCGCAUGCUCGGCGUUGCUCUAACGUCUCCAAGACUCAAAGUCAUCGGCUUGAGCGAGUACCUCGAAACAGAACAGCACGAGCGCACCGGAGCUCGACGCGCCUUUCCCGUGUUUGUCGCCGAGCACGAGUACGUCCACAUUUGCCGCAAGUUCAACCGUGAAAUCAGCCUCGUUCUGGUGGACGGGCCCGAUGUCGAUCGCAGCCUGAUGCGGAUUGAGCCCGAUGACUUGAUCGAGUCCCAUGCCGAAAAGCGGCUCUCUGGUCAGCCCGGUCAGCGGAAUAGCAACGGCGCCCUGCUUUCCAACAUGGCGGAUGGCGAUCAAAAAAGCUCCGACACUGAAGGGCUGGACGCCUUGGCCGAGUUUACCACUCGGUGGGCGUCCUCGCCCGUGUUCCAGGACGCAGCCAUCACGCUGAGCCGCUAUCGGGAAACGCAAGCCAAAAUCGAGGCCCUGUGCGCCUCGGAGCAAUCGCAGCUGAGCGCCAUCACGCGCGAGACAACCCAGCUCAUUCAGAUGGCAAAGGCAACGUGCGCCCUGCUCGGCACCACCGAGACGAUCGACAUUCAGCAAUGCGCAGCCGAGAUUCUGCAGCGCAAAAAGAUGCUUUGGUCCAAGAAUGGCGAGUUGACAGACGAAAUGCUGGCUGGCAUGAUGCGGCAGCAGAUGAACGAGCUGUACCGGCAACUGCUUGCUGUCAUUGCCAUGUACGCUCUGUCCAUGGACGGUGAGAUUGCCUCGGAAGCCGACCAGGAUCACGCCAUCAAACUGGGCUCGUGGAUUGACGCCGACACGAUCGAUGCGGCGCUCCAGGCCCUUGCGGCCGCGUCGGCUCCAGCCGGCCUGAACAAUGGCUCUUCGUUUACCUGGAUGAGUGACAUUCCGACGACCCAGUUCCGUGUCUGCGUCCAGUCACUUCACCACGUUCCUGCGGCGUGGAUGCGGUUUGAUCUGUUUUACGUGGACGCUGGACUAUACUAUGGCGGCAAUCUGCUCGCCCCUUCCAUUCGAACCAAGCCCACCUUGCUGGAGAAGGGCAUGUUUGAUCGCUGCACCUGGGACGGUUGGCUCCAGUACAAUUUCCCCAUGCGAGCCUUGCCGAUGGAAGCGCGGCUUUGCUUUACCGUUUUCGGGUUGAAGAUCGACAGCAAGGAUAAUAACAGCGCGCAGACGGCGUCUCUCUCGAUCGCCGGCGUCCCUUUGGGGUGGGUGAGCUUGCCAAUGUUCAACUUUCGCUUCCUGCUCUCGACAGGCCGGUACUUGCUUGGAAUGUGGCCGGAUGGUCCUGCCGAUCCCAUCGGCACCACGCAAGCCAACAGCGCCCACGACGAGUGUGCGCUGCUGCAGGUGGAUCUCGACACCCACCCAGUGCCCGUGUUGCACCCGAGCGCCCUCACCAUCAUCAAAGGUCGCCACCGAUUCCGGCAACAGCAAUCCAGCUCGACCUCUGGCCCCGUGCAGCGCUCUGCUGCUGCAAGCAACAGGUCCCGUCCAACUGGCGCUGGCGCAGCGCGGCCUUCCCCAGAGUCCACAUCGCAGCGAAACCAGUUUGUGCCGCUCGACGACGCGGACAAGAAGCGGUUUUGGGCUGAGCGCAACGAACUCAUCAGCCAUCCGCAGGCGCUGCCUCGUGUUUUGCUCUCCUUCCGAGCGCUAGACCCGCUGAGCGUGACUGACGUGCAUCGACUGCUUCAGGAGUGGACACCCCUGUCACCGGUCGCUGCUCUGGAGCUGCUUCACGCCAAGUACCCCGACACGCGUGUCCGAGAAACGGCCAUUGAAUGGAUGUCGGCGUUGAGCGACGACGACUUGUGCGAUUGUCUCCCGCAGCUCGUUCAAGGACUCAAGUACGAAACCUUCCACGACUCGGCCCUGCUCCGCUUCCUCAUUCACCGUGCUCUUGGCAGCUGUCGCAUCGGACUGCAGCUGUUCUGGUGCCUGAAGGCUGACAUGAACAUUAAUCCGCAAUUCGCUCGCCGGUGCGAACUGGUGCUCGAAGCCCUGCUUGCCGCGUGUGGCUCGGCCAUGCGCAGCGAACUGGCGCGUCAGCUGCAGCUCUGUGCUUUGCUGUCUCGCUCGGCAGUGUCAGUUCGCGAGGCCAAAGACGCACAGCGACCGCAAGUCCUGCAAGAAGAGAUGCAUCGCACAGCGGCGGACAUGACGUGGAUUGAAGCGUCUACUGGAGCAUUGAACGGCGCUGCUGGAGCCUCUGGCGAAGUGAGCGUUGCCUCCGCCGCUGCAUCUUCCGCGUCGGUUCGUCUGCCGCUCAAUCCGAGCCAGGAAGUGGCGGGCAUCAACGUCGAGCAGUGUUCGUACUUUAAUUCCAAGACGCUUCCGCUGCGUGUCGUCUUCCGGAAUGCCGACCCGCUUGGCAGCCCCAUCAAUGUCAUUUACAAGGUCGGUGAUGAUUUGCGCCAAGACAUGAUCACGCUGCAAAUGAUUCGCAUCAUGGACAAGCUGUGGCUGCGCGAAGGCCUCGACCUGAAGAUGAUUACCUACCGUUGCCUGGCCACUGGCAGUGACUCGGGCAUGGUCGAGAUGGUCAUGAACUCGGACACGUUGCGCCGGAUUGAAACGGAGGAAGUCGGCCUCGCCGGCUCGUUCAAGGAUCGCCCGCUCGCCGACUGGCUGCGAAAGCACAACCAGUCAGACGAGGCCUACGACAAGGCGGUGAGCAACUUUACUGCCUCGUGCGCAGGCUACUGCGUUGCCACCUACGUGCUCGGCAUUUGCGAUCGUCACAACGACAACAUUAUGGUGACGAAAUCGGGUCAUCUCUUCCACAUUGACUUUGGCAAGUUCCUCGGCAACGCGCAACGGUUUGGCAGCUUCAAGCGCGACCGCGCUCCGUUCAUCCUGACGCCUGGCUUUGCGUACGUCAUCAACGGCGGCGAAAAGUUCAACCAGCGUUUCAAAGACUUUGAGGCGUUGUGCUGCACUGCCUACAAUGUUCUUCGUCGUCACGCCUCGCUGUUUGUGAAUCUUCUCGGCAUGAUGAUGUCGUCCGGCAUCCCUGAGCUGCGUGAAGAGAAGGAUUUGGCCUAUGUUGUGGAUGCCCUCUUCCUGUCGGCAUCGGAAAAGGAGGCGGACGAGCAAUUCCGCAAGCUCAUUGACGAAUCCCUGUCGUCCAAAUUCACCCAAAUCAACUUUUUCAUUCACAACGUCGCCCAGGUCAAGUUCACUGGCUCGUCACCGGGCAAAGCUGUCAGCUUGGACACUCUGUCGUUCAUGCCCAACAAGUACUCUGCCGCCACCGAACCGCGCGUGUUUAGCGUCAAGGUGGCUUCCGUCGAGAAGGUCUGGAACCCAGACAAGUACUACGUCUAUGUGAUGAAGGUGUCGCUCAUGAACGGCAACGAGUACACUCUGACGCGCCGGUUCCACCAGUUUGACGAGUUUUACCAAAAGCUCACCGCCACCUUCCCGAUGGACGUUUCGCGCAUGCCGUUCUUCCCAGCCAAGCUGGUGGUUGGCCGAUCCCAGGUGCGCAGUGUCUCCCUCAAGCGCAUGAAGGAGCUCGAUGAUUUCCUGGCUGGCUUGUUGAACAUGCGCGAAGAGGUGGCCCAUUCCGACUUGCUGUACACAUUCCUCCACCCGAGCGUGCAAGCAGAUGCGGGUGCGUCACGCAAGGCGCCCAAUGCCUCCCCUGCCGCUGCGCUCGCUGCGUCAAACAAUGGCAGCAGCAACGGCCCGCCCCGUCACGCGCGGACACUGUCGACCUCCGGCUCGGCUGGCUCAUCGGCGCAAGCCGUCAACCCCGCCGCGCUCAUCAAUCGGACAACUCAGGCAUACAAUGCGCGCCCGCCUCCGCCGACCGUGCCUUACCUUCCUGCGACUACCGCCACUUCCCCUUCCACUGUCACUCCUCAGCCGUCCGGUGCAAUGUCUCCUGCGCAGGAAGACAGUUCCGGCGGUGAGACUGACGAAGAAGAGAUUGAGGCUAGUUAAUCGUUGUCCAUUUUGAUUGUUUGUUUGUGUUUUGUUUGUUUUGUUUUUUUGCUGUCGUUCUUUUGUGUUUUGUUUGUCAUUGUGCUUUUUGGGUUUUGUUUCAGCCAUGUGCUUGUUUUGUCUUGGGAAUCUUUGUACCAUAUUACAUCCAUUGUCGUUUUUUGCCAA